CAAAGAGCGCGAGCCAGAGAGAGGGCGCUGAGCGAGGGAGAGAGCCAGACGCGCGCGGGGACCCACGGCCCCCUGGGCUUCCAUUGGGAAAAGUGAGAGGAGCCAGGGUUAGCGGGAGAAGGUGUUUUGAAUCUUUUCUUCGUCUUGGUGCGAAAGAAGCGACUCGGGUCUCGUCCUCGGAGCUCCCACUGGAUGGUUCUUUGGCGCUGACACCCGUCGGUGGAUUUCUUUCCUCCUCGCGGUUCAUUCUGAGCCCCACCCUCGCCGCUUCCUUCCAGCCCUGCACUCUCCAAUCGCCGCGCUCACCUCCCCAGGGCCCCUCCUGGGAAGCGCAGGGGAAUUGGACCCGCGGGGACCCGCGCGCUCCCGGACCAGCGAGGGCAGGGCUGACCUGGGACGGCUGUCGGCGUAUACGGCAGAUCCACACACGUACGUGUGCAUUGGAUUCUGGUGGGCACGGGGGGCGUUGAGAGGCAGCCCGCCGCCCCCCGCCCCCACCCCCUCCAGCCGGAGGCGAGGAUCACCGGACUCAGGAUAUUCCUCGGGCGCACUCGCUGUGCUCUCCGCAUUGGAUUCGGGACUGAUUGUCGCUGCUGGGCUAUUAUUAUUGUUGUUAUUGUUUUUACCCAAGGGAGAGAGACACAAAAACUGUGGGAUUUAUUUAACAUGAUCUUGACAAACGCCUUCUGCAUCCUCUUCUUUUUAGACGAGACCCUCCGCUCUUUGGCCAGCCCUUCCUCCCUGCAGGGCCCCGAGCUUCACGGCUGGCGCCCCCCGGUGGACUGCGUCCGGGCCAAUGAGCUGUGUGCAGCAGAGUCCAAUUGCAGCUCCCGCUACCGCACGCUGCGCCAGUGCCUGGCGGGCCGCGACCGCAACACCAUGCUGGCCAACAAGGAGUGCCAGGCGGCCCUGGAGGUCCUGCAGGAGAGCCCGCUGUAUGACUGCCGCUGCAAGCGGGGCAUGAAGAGGGAGCUGCAGUGCCUGCAGACCUACUGGAGCAUCCACCUGGGGCUGACGGAGGGCGAGGAGUUUUACGAAGCCUCACCCUACGAGCCGGUGACCUCCCGCCUCUCGGACAUCUUCAGGCUCGCUUCGAUCUUCUCAGGGACAGGGGCAGACCCUGCGGUCAGCGCCAAGAGCAACCACUGCCUGGACGCGGCCAAGGCCUGCAACCUGAACGACAACUGCAAGAAGCUGCGCUCCUCCUACAUCUCCAUCUGCAACCGCGAGAUCUCAGCCACCGAGCGCUGCAACCGCCGCAAGUGCCACAAGGCGCUGCGCCAGUUCUUCGACCGGGUGCCCAGCGAGUACACCUACCGCAUGCUCUUCUGCUCCUGCCAGGACCAGGCAUGUGCCGAGCGCCGCCGGCAGACCAUCCUGCCCAGCUGCUCCUACGAGGACAAGGAGAAGCCCAACUGCCUGGACCUGCGCAGCUUGUGCCGGACCGAUCACCUGUGCCGGUCCCGGCUGGCCGACUUCCACACCAAUUGUCGCGCAUCCUACCAGACACUAACCAGCUGCCCUGCCGACAAUUACCAGGCGUGUCUGGGCUCCUAUGCUGGCAUGAUUGGGUUUGACAUAACGCCCAAUUACGUGGACUCCAGCCCCACCAGCACCGUGGUGUCCCCCUGGUGCAGCUGUCGUGGGAGCGGGAACAUGGAAGAGGACUGUGAGAAGUUCCUCAGGGACUUCGCCGAGAACCCGUGCCUCCGGAAUGCCAUCCAGGCCUUUGGCAAUGGCACAGAUGUGAACUUGUCCCCUAAAAACCCAGCAGUCCAGGCCACGCAGGCCCCCAGGGUGGAGAAAAUGCCUUCUUUGCCAGAUGACCUCAGCGACAGCACCGGCCUUGGGACCAGCGUCAUCACCACGUGCACGUCUGUCCAGGAGCAGGGACUGAAGGCCAAUAACUCCGAAGAGUUAAGCAUGUGCUUCACAGAGCUCACGACUAAUAUCAUCCCAGGGAGUAACAAGGUGAUCAGACCUAACUCAGGGCCCUGCAGAGCCAGACCCUCGGCUGCCUUGACUGCUGUCUCUUUCUUGAUGCUGAAGCUGGCCUUGUAGGCUCUGGGAGCCUUGUUGGGAGAUUUCCAAGAGCUACAUGGAUGAGGACACCUGCCUGACAAAAUGGAAACACACACACAGACACACACACACACACACCCCUUUGCAAAAAAAAAAUUUUUUUUCCCAACUUGUCUCUGAACUUGUCUCUCCCAGGAUUCUUCUCUAGAGAAGAUUUUCUAAACCAAACAGACAAGCAGGCGGGCGGCCUGAAGCUAGCCAGGAGGUCCCCUGUCAAGGGACACCCAGUGCCAGGGAGGCACAAGGGUCUAGAAAUGCUCUUCACUGUCUCCUGGGGUUUUCCUCCCCACCCUGCUGAUGUAAGAGACUGAGGGGACAUCCUGCAGGCCAAGGGACUCUGGCUGUGGUGACGCGAGCUGGGAGCAGGAUGCCGCGGCUGCUCUUCCCAAGACACCCAUUCCAGAGAUCUGUGGAGGGCUCGGCGGGUGGCGUUGGGUGGCAGAGCAGCAAGGCUGGGCCCUGGGGCCCGCUGGGCACGUUGUGCCUCCACUUGGCUUCAAGGAUGGAGUUUCUUUCACCCGGGUGGAGCAGGUCUCUCUCUGACCUGGGAGCCCCAGGGAUGCCUGCAGAGGGUGUGGCACUGGGGACCCCUGGCUGUAGCAGGGGGCUUGGGAACAAAGCCCGCCUGGAACAGUCUCUUGGGCGCCGGGUUUCAUGCUUCCUCCUUGGUGGCAGGAAUUUUGAAAUCAAAGACAAACGAUAAUUUGUUGGCUCUUCUGGUCCAUUUGGUGGGUCUCCCCGUGGGGGGAGGGGCCCACAGAGCGUGGUGGGGGCCUGCUGCCCCAUGCGUGGCCUCGGCGGCUCUCGCCCUUUCUUCCCUGUCCCCUUUCCCACCUUCUCUUCCCUCCUUUCCCAAAGGCCAACUGUAUGUACAUAACACGGCUCCUUUCUCUACAUAUAUGUAUAUUCACAUCCAUAUACAUAUAUCGUGUGGUUUCCCCCUUCUUUCCUUUUUAUAAGAAACAAAACUAUUGAAAAAAUACCCCAACAAAUGAGCGAAAAUGUAUUAUUGUAAAGUUUAUUUUUUUUAAUAAUGUUGUCUACAAUGGGAAAAAGGAGAUGCACCCCCUGUGUCUCUGCCCCAGUUGGGUUGACUGGGCCGCCGUGGGGGUUCCGGCCCCGCAUUCACACGUAGCCAAGGCUCCAAUAAAUGUACUAGGACGCAGCCUGUGUUCUGCCUCCCUCUGGGUGUGCCUUCCCCCCCUGUUUUGUUCUGGGCUCAGCGCCCCCUCUCAGCUGCUUUCCUGGGCUCCCGGGGCACCUCGCAGGAAUGUGUAUGUGCGCAUGCCCACGGCUCCACGAAUCCCGCGUCCUUGGCGUAGGUGAUGGAGCUCCCGUAGGAGAUGAGUUUAUACUUGGCAGGUCUCGGAGCCCUGGUUGUGCUGGGCCUGCUGGACCAUUCACCUGUCACCUGCCAUCCCUCCCUUCCCAAUCAAUGCCAACGGCCAUUGGUCCCAAACUGGGAGAGAAUGAAAGUAGCUGCGGGGAUGGAGAGGGGAGACAACUAGGCAUGUUUGUAAGGCUGCUGGGUGGCCCUAUUCUCUUCUGUAGAGUGGGCUGCUGUCUGCCCCCGGACCCCUGGUUUAUUUAGUAUGUGACUGUGGAGGUGGGACUUGGCCUCUUGGGUCCCAGGUGGUCCAUCCCUUCUCAUUCUCUCCGUCUGCCCCCUCUGCCCCAUCUAGACACUGGGCCUGGAGAAGACUGGGAGGCUGCCUGCUGGCCGCAUGUAAGUGUGUAUGUGUGCAUGUGUGCGGGCUGACGAGAGUUGAGUGCACAUGUGAGUGUGAGCACACGACAGGAGGGAGGAGGGAAGGUGCUCAGUGAGGGAUGCUUCUGCUGUCAGCCUGGCCUGCCAGGCUGCCCACGAUCCCAUCCUGUCACCAUUGGGAGACAACGCCCUUUUCCAUUCCCCUAAUCCUGGGUCCCUCCAAACGGCUCCUGUUCUGGAGGAUUCUAGGAACAUCAGUCAUGAUGGGAGUCAGUGGGGUUCGCCAUGUUCCAGCCUCUGCCUUGGGGGACAGUGAGCCAACCAGCCCUCUCCCCACGCCACCACUGGCCUUUGUGUGUGUUCAGUUGGGAACCCACAUUCUUUGCAAACAGCAAAGACUGGUUAACAUUAAAUGGCUUUGGGGGGAUGUGUCUCAGAGUCUGUGGGAGAUAGAAGGACCAGGGGUAGCCAGGGCGAGAACCAAAGAACAUCUGCUCAGGAGCCAGGACAUCAGGAGGCAGGAUCUACAGGGUCAACAGGCUGAUGCCUCUGUGACAAAUGACCACUAACUGUUGUCCAGUUGGUUGACUUGGGGCCUGGUACCUACCUCCUACCAGACUUGGGUGGGAGAGGAUGCUAUGUUAUAUCUGGUAUCCUUAAGGGGAAAUAAGCCUUUGGUUGCAUACUGGGAGAGAGAAAAUUUCCCAGAAGGAAAUGAGGUGCCA